ACACAAAGUCGUUUAAGCGCGACUUUAAGAAUGAAUAAAAACUUCUUUAAUCCGGUGAAUGUAAACAAAUAGCGGGGAUAUAACGAUAUUGAAUUUCCGUAGAUGUAAACUCAAAUUUUGAAAGCGGUGAAAUCAAAGUGGUUAGCUGAAUUUUGUAGUAUACAUAGUAAACUUGGAGUAUAUAUAGUGAACGGAAUUUUUUGUUCAAAGUGAUUAACAACAUAUAAAUUGCGAAAUACAUGAAAAUUAUAGAAAAUAGUUUUAUUUCUUGAUUAGCGUCCAAGUUGUUAAAUAGGUUAUUACCUCUAAUCGUGACAUUAGAAAGUUAGAAAGGCUUUAGAAUUGUGUUUAAUAAUAGGGGUAAAGAGUAUGCAGCAAUCAUUGUUAUUGUUUUUGUUGAUGUUUGGACUUGUUUUUUCCGAUCAUAAAGAUGAUGAUAUUCCAACAUAUUUCAUGAAUGAACACUGCGGGAAGAGCAUCAAUUUACGCCGGAGGUCCAUUUUCUCCGCCGUGGUGGAACUAAUUCCAUCAUAUACAUUUAACAACCAAACCAGUCGUGUGGAAAAUGUAUUUGGAGGGAACAGCAUGUAUAGCAGAAACAUCGCCGACUGUGUUCUCAGUUUUGAGUCGUGGAGUUUCCAGAACAGACUUAUGGUGCAUUUUGAAAACUUUAUCACAUUGGACUCGGAUAAAGGGUGUUCUAGCACAAUGUUUGACGUUUUUGACGGACCAUCUGAAGAUUCACCAAGAGUUACUGAAUUUCCAAAUAUGUGCAGUACCCCAGAAAAUCUUUUCACGAGGUCAUUUGUAACAACUGAUAAGCACAUGACAUUGCGUUUCCGUGGUAACUACACGGUGCAAAGAGACACGUCGAUAAGGGUCAUCAUAGUGUCCUUUCAUGGAGGCACUUGCAGAUCAUAUGAGCACCAGUGUUCAAACGGACGCUGCAUAAUGGAAGACCUUGUUUGCAACGGGCACAACCCAUGUGGUGAUUAUUCCGACUGUCUCACAACAGUGUCACCACAAGAGGUCGCUGUACCAAAGAAUGACCACGUGACUUUGGCCGCCAUUAUUGCAUCUUCUGCAACUCUUCUUGUAGUUGUUGUCCUAGCAAUAAUUGUGUACAAGUGUUACCAGGCACGUCAUAAACAUACGCGUCUACACUAUCAAAACCAGUAUGAAAAUGUGAAUCGCAGAACGCCAGUCCGUGAAAACAUUAGUGUACCACAGCCAUCUUACGAGAGAACUAUUAGUCAACUUGAGUCAGAUAGACGUUUUGCCCCGCCAAGCUAUUCACAACUUCCGGUUUUAGAAAAUCAAAAUGAAAUAGAAGAGACGGAAGUGACGACAGACACAGAAGAGACGCUACCGAAUGAGAUAAAUUUAGAUAAAUGUUUAGAGACAGACGGAAAUAAUCCACCGCCAUACGCAUGUGUUAUGUUAUAUCAAGAGGCUUUUCAUGUGUCUGAACAGAACAUUCAUAAAUUAACGAACCAACCAGUUGAAGAUCUUGCCAAAACAAACAGUCUCGAAGUAGUCGAUAAUAGAAAUUCGAUAUAAUAUCGAUGCGCUUUUAUUAAAAAAAAUAGCAGGAAUGCCCCAGUUCCUAGACCAACUGUUGUAGAUGUUAACGGCAAUAUGAUGUGUAUGAAGUUAUAACAUGUCUUGGUACACAAGAUGGUCGACUUAGUCAGUGUGUAUAAUAUAUAAGCAAUGCGUUUUAACAAACAAACAAAAAAACGUGUUACAUUCGCACAGAAAUCGACACAAAGAAAGUUUCCUUUGAAAACGUAAUUUGGUUGAAAGUCAUCAAUGAAUAAUUGCUGUAUGUCGCCUGUAUGAACAAGCUAUGCAGAGUGAAUUUUAAGUGUUUUUCAAAAUUGUUUAAUUUCAGCUGUCAUCAGCCCUUUUUUCUUUGAUUUUUUCUAUUUUAACUGUAUUAAAGUGAUUCCGUCUAAAUGAAUAUCCUGAUUGCUUUGUAUGCUAAAUAAAUAAAGUUGUAUAGGCGUUACAGCUUCGACAAAAUAUUAUUUUUGCAUGAAUCUCUAAACAUUUAUAGUCGAGACCCCUUUUCACCUCUUCCAUUGGAACAAGAGGCUGUACCAUUGGAACAAGCGGCUAUAAAUACAAAUUGAUCUGGACAACUUAUUAUACUUGAAUGUUUAUAACAACGCCCACAACCCACCCUCGACAUCUAUGAGAAGAGACACAACGGUAACAGUUGUAUUGUAUCAUAGUUUGGGGACCUUUCUGUUGAAAAAGUGUCAGAGUUAAAUCGUAUACAUAUACAUGCACAGUGCGGUAACUGGAGUGCAGGUAUCAGUUACCCGCACUCCAGAUAAUGCCCGUUGAUUGGUUAAUUUUUGCUGGGGUUUACUUAUUGUGACGGCAGAGAAAGGGAAAGGGGCAGAAAUAUCAUAUUCAAAUGCUCGUUCAUUGGUUAUUUUUUUCUGGGGUUUCAUAUUAUGACAACAGGGAACGUGCUGUCAUGUUUGACUAUGAUACAAAAGAGAAAGAUCACCAAAACACUCGGCAAUCUGAUUUAUACUCUGGGACUACGCCCCCUCGUACAAAUCAGAUAGCCUCGUGUUUUGGUGCUCUUUCUAUUACUUAUUUGACAUUGUUUAUAAUUUAUAUUGUGUUCAGCGUUACAUGUAUAUAUGAGUGACCUUCCUGUUACACUGAUCGGGAGGAACAGGGACUUUUAAUCGCAGCACAUUGCACUUAAUUUAUCAUUUAGGUUUGUGAGACUUGAUCUAUCGUUAUUUCACGUAGUUAAAGAAUAUACUGCAUGUUAACUAAUAACUUUAAACUGCCAAUUACACAUAUUUGUAAAAAGACACGGCAUUUCAGUUAAGAAAAUACGGAUCAAUUUCACGGAUAUACAAUAGAUCGCAAGCAUUCAGAUUUAUAUUGUAUUUCCGCGAAAUUGAUUCAAACUGCUGAUUAAUAUUUUACAAUUCAAGCCUUUAUUUGAUUCAGACUGCACCAUCACUCGUAACCAGAAUAUGACUUAUUAAAUUAAGAAAGAUUACAUGCAGUUUAAUUCUGUAGAAGUUUGGUCAUAUUAUUUAUUUUUAUUAAAUUUGCAUCAAUAAAUUACAAAUUACACUGUGUUCAUCCAUUCUCUAUGUCUUUUGUACAAUAAAAGUAAUGAAAAGUU